AACAUGUUAUAAAGAAAACGCACUGCGGAACAUUGUGAAGAAAUCUAUUGAUUUUUGUAUGACACCGUUGUUAUUUACUUCGGAGCUUAAUACAGUUUCUGUAGUCUGUCUCCUCGCCGAUUCUCAGUCACCGAUCACCACCACACACGCUAUUGCUACCAUUACUAUAAUGUAAUUGUUUAGAAAGUGACAACCGUAUUUGUGUACAAUAACCUCCCCAGCAACAGCAGAAGAACAUGGCUUCGCCGUCGUUUGAAUACUUUCGAUCCUCUUUCGACAAUGUGUUUCAGAUACUUCCACAGGGUCACGAAAAAGCACUGAAGAAGGCCCUGUACAACACAGCGGCCAACUUCUUCGUUAUAUUCGCUAGUUUGGUAUUAGUGGCUGUCUAUUUUGUCCUACAGGCCUUUCUCAGACCCUUACUAUGGGCUGUAUUAUGUGGAACUUUCUUAUAUCCAUUCAAACGAACAUUGACCAGUGUCUUGAGGAGUUGGCUUCAGGGAUUACAUGAGUCCGGUACCCCUUUUGCCGCCGGAGUGGUCCUUAUUCCGAUCAAAUCUGUCAAUGACAUUUCUGAAAUUAUCAGCAAUACUUUAAUAAAACAUUUCAAGCUAAUUAUAGUUGGAGCUGUUGGAUUACCCUGCCUGAAUUUGUUGUACUAUUUUGGACCGAUCGAUUCUAUCUUUUCAUGGAUUUACAAUUUUUUUUCCUUUCUGUACAAUGUCAUCCAGUGUUUUAGUUCUGGUUGGGUAUGGACUGUCCUACUGGGCUAUGUCAUAAUGAUAGCAUUGUACUGGAAACCAGAAAACAACAACCAACUACAAUAUUUAUCCAUUCCUGUAUGGGUAUUAUUUGUGCUUCAUCUCUGUUCUUCUGCUGGCUCACUCAGUGCACCAAUCUUCAUUCUGGCAGUAGCUAUGCUGGCUAUUGGCUAUGUGUCAGAGGUGAAUCAAGCAAAAGCAGAAAAGGGUGAAAUCUCAGCAGACAAAGAACCUUCUGACAGCCCUAUGUAUGCAGCUUUUGCUAUGCUAACAACUCCAAAGAGUACACCAACAUUACAACGACGUACUCCAAUAGAAGAAUUACCUACAGAGGGGACUUCAACUGAAGCCAGUGGUAGCGGUGAUACAAAAGCAAGCAAAGCCAAGUCUCUUUCUGUUGCAAGUCAACCUCCUCACCAAGAAAGGAAGAAAGUCAAGACUAAUCAGCAUCGUUCUUUAAGUGACCAAUGUUUUAUUGCUCUGUUUUGGGCAUUUGUCCUCGUACGACUUUGGAUGCAUGCAUGGAUUCUUCUACUUAUACCUAUUCCAGUGCUGUUUAUGAUUUUCAAAAAACUCUUGAAACGAUUCAACUGCAAAUUUGGGUGUAUUAGGGAGUGUUGUAAUAAUUGGUUCCAAGCCAGAAGAGAUGUGUUGUUUCCUGCUCCAGUCAGAGGUGUAAUGAAAUUAUUAUCAAAUGCUGACAGAAAAUUGAUCUCCAUUCUUGAACAAUCCUUGGAUAGUGCCACUAGUGUUUUGUUCAUUUUUAUCCUGCUAUUCGGAACAGCCUUGUUUACUGUAUUCUUUGUAUUUCAAGUACACCAAGAAAGUAUGCACCUUGUACAAGUUACAAGCAAUGUUUUGAAUAAAUCUGUCAACCCUGAGAUUAGCCAAUGGCUUCCCAAUGGCAAUGCUAUGCAAAAAGCCAUGGAUAGUAUGGUAGCAAAUGCUUAUUUCUAUGGAAGAGACUGGAUUGCCUCAAAGAUCCGAGAUGCUGUUCAAGGUAGAGGGGGGAACAACACGCAUAUAGAGAAAGAAGUCCUUGAAGUGUGGGACAGACUUUACAAGAGCUGGUUUGAUCGGAAUAACACAAAUCUUGUUGAUAAGCCUGAGAUAUUGGCUGGAGGGAACUUAACUGCCUUAUGGAGCCUGGCAUCCAAACGAAGUGGCUUUGUCAUCACAGAUGUUAUAAACUUUGCUAAAUCUAAUAUUGGAACCUUGAUGUCGAAAAGUUCCAGUGACAAAUUAGAGGCUGCUCGAUUAAAACAGGUGCUGGAAUCAGUUUGGCUGGUGUUGAAAGGCAACGUCAAUUUAGCCUUUUCUUUCGUCACUGCGGUUUUAUCAUUACUGUUUGGUGGAGGCACUGCCCUAUUGAAUUUCAUCAUCUCAGCUGCCAUAUUUUUAACAACACUCUUUUACUUACUGGCAUCCAGUGGCGACCAAUAUAAACCAGUUCAGUGGUUCACUGCAUUUGGUUCACCCAUACAAGGUGGCAACAACAUUGGUCAAGCAGUUGAAGACGCUGUUGGUGGUGUCUUCAUGGCUUCCUUGAAAAUGGCGGCCUUUUAUGGAUUGUACACUUGGUUAACACACACUAUUUUCAGUGUAAACAUUGUAUUUAUUCCAUCCGCUUUAGCUGCUGUGUUUGGCGCAAUACCAUUCCUUGGCACAUACUGGGCUGCCGUACCAGCCGUGUUGGAGCUGUGGCUUGUAAAUAGAGAAGGAUUACAAGCCAUUUUGCUGAUUGUUGCUCAUCUUCUGCCUACCUCUGUUGUUGAUACAGCAAUUUACAGUGAGAUUAAAGGUGGUCACCCAUACAUGACUGGUCUCUCUAUUGCUGGAGGAAUCUACUGCCUGGGCUUGGAGGGAGCUCUUAUUGGUCCGAUCGUACUUUGCUUCCUUGUUGCUGCAAUAAGUAUUUAUGGUAAACUACUCCAAGGAGGUUCAUCUCAACCAGAAGCUGGGACCACACGACCUUCAGGCACUCUCUCUGAUAGCUGUGGUUUGUCCAGAAUUGCUUCUUCCUCUAUAGGAAAUUCGCCUAAUAGUCCUGUAACGGGCAUUUUAGUGCCUUGGCCUCCUGAACUGCAACUACGUCGAUCUUUCAGUACAGACCCAGUGAUGGCCUACAAAUCUAACUAAAAUUCUACACUGCUGCUUUAUCUCUUUCUAACUGAAGCUUGUUAGAAAUAAUAGAUGUAUCUUCUUUGCUUACUCUUUUUUUCUACCUACAUGUUUUGCUUGCUUGUGAACUGAAGUAAUAAGGUUCUUUAAAAUGCCAUUGUUUGAUCAAUUUUGAAGCAGAAACGAAAACAGGAGAACAUCAAAAUAUUUUUCUUGAUCUUCUUUACCUAUGUACUGAAGAAGGAAAAAAUAAGUUUCUCCUUAGCUGGAAGUCUUCUAUUCACAUUACAGCUAGGUAAAGCAAAGAAAACAAUUGUAUUUGUCUGACCAAAAGAAUACGAUAUCAAAGCUUAACGUUUCUUCGAUGAAAUUUCUUUCUUGCUUUAUUUAUGAAUAUUUUGCUGUUUUACAAAAUUUUCCAUUACUUGUGCACACAUACACAUACCUACAAAUCUUUUUCUCUCUCUCUCUCUCUCUCUCUCUCUCUCUCUCUCUCCACUAUUUUAUCUCUUUCUCUUCCUCCCUAUAUGUAAACACAUAUGCAUGCAUACACACACACAAAUACACUUAAAAAAUGUUUAGUAAAGAAACAGAAUGAAUAUUUUGUUGGUUUCAGACACACAACAACAAAAUACAUUAAGUAUGAAAUUUUAAGAAAAAAAGGAAAUAUUUUAUAAUGGCAAGCCAAGUACCUAGAAAAGUUGCCAAGAGAAAUUUUGGCAGGUAAAAUUUCGUUAUUCUGUCAAAAUUGGUUAAUUCAUGUAUUUAUUUCUAAAUUUUGAUUAAAAGGCUUGUCAAUUCUGCUUGCUGCUUAUUUGAAACAUUUCUCACAAGAAAAUUGAUACCUGAAUAAUUUAAGUUUAUUUUUAAUAAAUUUUAAAAUUUCUGUGAUUAUUCUCUUUUCUCUCUCUCUCUCUCUCUCUCUCUCUCUCUCUCUCUCUUUCUCUCUCUCUCUACUUAUCUAUUUGUUUGUUACAAAUACACACAUGCCCACUCAGACACACACAGCUAAAUCAUUAGAUUAUUUUUUAAGUUUGAAAAAAUUAACUGAAAUUUAAUAUGAUCCAUACAUCUAUUUUGAUGACAUAAUGCACCCCCACCCAGCAUCAUUUCACAAACAUUUAAUGUAUUAUCUGUUUUUUAAAUAUUCCUUCAAAAUAUUUCUUGUGGAAUCUCAAGACAAUUUAAACUAUGCAGAAAACAAAGAUAGCUCACUACCGACAUUUUCUUCUGAGCAGGGAACAAUUUUAUCAAAACUUCCAAUUGAACCAUCCCCAUGGAUUUGUUCCUACAUAAAGCUGAGAACAUUGUUUUUUGUUUUCAUUUUGUUCUGUUAUACAAAACUAAUCAUAGAUGUACUAUCAUCAGCUAAAUAUAAAAGUUAAAACCAAAUAAGGUCAAUCAUACAAGGUUUAUUAUAGAAGUUCAGAGUCACCAAAUUAAGUUGUCUUAUUAAAUCUAAGAGGAUGUGUCAGAAAGUAAUGGAAAUUAAAAUUGCAUUGCUUUCUGACUCACUCCCAUAGAUAUAGUAGAAGUAUAGUGAAACUUAGCUACUCUUAAUGAUGACCAUGUUUCUAGUUAGGUUACUUUCUUCUUAGAAUCACAGCUCUAGUAUUAAGAACUCUAUCGUGAUUUUUUUUUAUAUUACUGGAUUUUAUUAAAAUUAGUUUUAGAAUAAUGCCUUGAUUGACCUUAAAUUCAAAUUUAUGACAUUUAAUACUCUAUUAUAUUUUUUAAUAAACUUCAUUUUCAUAUAUUUUUAUUCAUAAAAGUUUAUUCUGUGUAUCAAUGUAUGUCAAUAACAAUAAUAAUUAAAUCUACAACAUCCUUCACUUGUUAAAAGACAGCAUAUGCAAGCAUCCAUGUAUGAUAUAUACAUAUAUAUAUGUGUGUGUGUGUGUAUGUACAGACACACACUCACCAAUGAGUAUGUACAAUAAUGUUAUACAUAAUCAUUUUUCUAUAUGUAUCUAUUAUGUGGGUAGAGCCAGGUAAUGCUGGGAGCAACAGUUUUUGCCAUAUCACCAAUGAAUAUCUAGUAGGUACUGGGGUGGGAAUCACUUUGAAAUACCCAGCUGAGUACAAACCAGAUCUCAUAAUCAGUGGCCUGAUGAGAAUUUUGGACCAUCGGGUUGCAAAACUACUAGAAGCAUCUUGUGAGAUUAAUCCAAGGUGAAAUGAAAACAUUAUUAAAGUAUAAACCAAAUCCAUUAUAAAUGUGAAACUGUUCUUCCAAGCAUAAUCCUUUCAACUCACCUGUACCAUGAGAUGGGGAUAUAGAACUAUCAGUCAUCUGUGUCCCUGUCUCAGACCUCCCUUGCUGGUACCAGAUAGAAAGCUAAACCAGAACAUCUGGUACCAGUUCAAUUAGAUGGUUACCAUAGAAAUUAAAACUACCUCAAUUGAUCCUUAAUUACCAAGAUAACCAUGAACUGGAGGAAUAACCAAAACUGAUAUAAACAUACGUUUUUGAUCACGAAAAUAAACAUGAUUAGAUAAUUUUGUUUUAAAUAAGUUUCACUAAAUUAAUUAUUUUAUUAUUGGUAUUUUAUUAUCCUCAGGUUUUUAUUGAUCUUCUUCAAUAGAAAUUGAUAAAUUUUGUUUGUUUUUUUAACUAACUUUUCAGUAAUUUUUCUAUCAAAAUUAUUUAUCAGUUUUCUUCUGUUGUGUUGCAAAAUGUUUUUUUAUACUACUUAUAUUGUACUAAUACUAACUACUACUACUACUGCAACCACUACCAAAAAUAAUAAUAAUAAUAAUGAUGACGACGACGACAAUAUAAAUAAUGUGUUUUUUCCAUUUUAAAAAUAUUCCAAUAUUAUGUUUUUAAAUAAUUGAUAAUAUAUAUAUACUGAAGAUGAUAAACUAGUCAAUUUCUUUCUGAAUUUUUGUUUACUAUGUAUUUAUUCUAAAUGCCAAAGUAAAAUACAUUUGCUUUGAAAAAUAAUUUAGGUCUGCAAUUAGCUUUACUUAAAGAAGAGAGAGGGAAAUAAUAUAAAAAAUAUAUUAGUAAAAUGCUUUCCUGUUUUCCUUCAUUAAUAUAUUUAUCAGAACUCCUUUAAUGUUAUUUCGAUCUAAUCUGCCAUUAAUUUAUCAUUAAAGGUAAUCUAAUUUAAUCUUUGAUCUUCUACCUGUUCAAUAAACAAGUUUAAAUUGUAAUGUCAUCAAACAGCUCAGUUGAAUAAAACUCCAAUUCUGCUGUUGUAGCCAUUUUCUUAUUUCCUUUUAGAACUUUCUGAAAAAUUCCAGAUUACAUCAUCUUUUGAAACUACAUCAUUAAGCUGUAAUAUACCUUUAUAGAUUUGUUCCUGCUUCCUGCUGGAACCUAUCUUGACUAUUUCAGAUAUUUGUAGAAUGACAAAUUUUUUUCAGAAUAUAAUCAAUACCAAGAUAUUUCUCGAGAAAUUAUUUCUUUUUUAUCAUAUACAGUUAAGACUAAAAUUACUUACCAAAUAUCUGAAAACAUAUAUAAUCAUUAAGCUAGCAUCUCAUUAAAAAUAACUUUAGGAUAGCUAAAAUGUAUCUAGCCUCAGUUCUGUUUUGUUCUCCCCCCCCACACACACACACACACACUUCCUUCUGCAUGGCAGCAUAUAUAAUUGAAAUUCUUUCCUGUGUUAUUCCAUCUGUCUUUCAUUUUAGCUGAUGGCUAUUUGUGUCCAAACAGGUGUAUGUUUCUCUUUUACGUCUGUUGUAAGAAACAGCAAACAAUUAAAUCAUAAUCCCUGCCAUUUUCUACUACCUCACCAUUGAUCUCAGUUUUUUUUUUUUUCAUAUUCUAGUAUUAGUUAAGUGCAUUACCAAAGACGCCAGCCUCCCCCUUUCAUACAUGCACACAUACUUACACAUCUCACACAUAUACAAAUACACACAAAUAUAUAUAUAUAUAUAUAAAAAGACACACACUCACCCCAUAAACCUAUGCACCAACGUACACAGACACACACACAUACACACAUAUUCAUUUACACACAAACACACAUGUACACAGACACACACAUAGUGAGAAUGAAUAAACAUAGAGUGUAAAUUUAUUGUUAUUGUCUGCUUAAUAAAAAGAAAUUUUAUGUUUCUUCCAAUUAAAAGACCCCCUGCAGAUCUGAAAUUGAUAAACCUCUGAGGGAGCUAGUACUUUUUUAAACUGCAUUAAGUUGUUUUUAUUCUUAUCACUGUCAUUGUUGUUGUUGUUGUUAUUAUUAUUGCUAUUAUUAAGGUAUUGAGCUGGCAGAACUGUUAGCAUGUCAAAUAAAAUGCUUAGCAGUAAUUCUGUGUUUUCAACAUUCUGAGUUCAAAUUCUCCCAAAAUUGAUUUUUGCUUUUCAGUGUCAAUAAAAUAAGUACUAGUCAAGUACUGGAGUUGAUGUAAUCAACUUUUCCCACCCCUCAAUUGCUGGCCUUGUAUCAAAAAUUGAAAAGAUUAUUAUUAUUUUUAUUACUACUAUUGCUACUACUGCUACUCAGUAGUUCUAUUUUUACUUUUACUUUCUCUGUACAUCUUGAGUAUUUGCAGUGUUUUGGUUUUCUGUUGUGUUAAUUACUCUUUAUAAGAUGUGUGUUCUACCUGGUGGUGUUGUUUUCUGUAUGCUGUGUACGUAAGUCUUGGUAUUUAUCUGUAAGUAUUUUUAACCCUUCCCAGGGCACUUAUUAUUGUACAAGUUGUCCUAUUUUCAGUUCUCACAUUCUAGUUACCUUUGUUUCUAGAUAUUUUAUAUUUGGAUAUUUUCUCCACUUCAUUUAGUGAUAUUUUUUGUCUGCUGGGACUGAAGUUUUGAAUAGGAGGCACUUCUUUUCCUGGUAGUCCUUAACAAAACAAUAUUGGACUGAUGAACCUUAAUCUCCCUAUGUUGAAGGAUUGGCAUAUCACAGAGUAUGGUAGCUUUCUAUAUGUUUAUACUGCCUCUUAAUAAUAAUAAUAAAACUCAGUAACUGCACUCUUGGAUGCUGAGGACACUAAAUACAUAAAGCAGCUCCAAUACUAACAACCUAUGUCAACCAAGCAAUGCCAAAAUGAAUGAAAACAACCAUAUCACUAAAAGGCAAGGAGAAGAUAAUUGAAACCACCCCUAUUCCCAUAAGAAGAGAAAACCUCUUAUGAAAUCUUCUUCAGGAGAUUCCUUUUCUCCUGUAAUAUUCUGCUUAGUUCUGCUUUCAUUAACAAACAUGCUAACUGAAACAUCACAUCCAAAGCUGAUACAGAUAGCAUUUUCUUACCCUGUAGUUAAGGAAAUGGAUCUAAUACAAAUAGAAAAAAUCUACUUCAGAGUAAAACUGAUGGGACUAGUAAAAUACUAAGAAACUAUCAAAGCUACCAAAAAGAAAUUGAUUUGUGUAAUAAGGAAACAAAGAAAAUAUAAACUUUUAUAUAUAAGGAAACAAAAAAGUACUAAUUACCAAACCAUUACUAAAUAAAAAGAUUUAGAUAAAACAAUAAAAAAGGUUGUAAGGGAAAAAGUCAAACAGAAUUUUAAAAAUAUUCUGAAGAAGAAAAUAUAACCAUAAAAACAAUUCAUGGUCAACACCUCACAAGACUUGACAAAAGAGAAGUAAGCCAGAGUGGAAAGUCAAAAACAGAAAUUACCUACCCACAAAUAAUUAUGUUAACAUAAUAAUGAAGAAAGAUGUUAACAUCAAGUCAAGGCUAUUCAAUCAAUACAAGUUCAUUGACCACAUCAUCUGUGGUGCCCAGUUCUUGCCAAGUCAUGGUAUAUUCAUUGAUACAAUCAAGUCAGCAGCUUUGUAUACUGUGUAAUAUGCAAACAGUUUGAUAUGAAAAUGGAUUAAACAUGUUACAUAACAAUUUGAUCACAAUCAUUUGAAAUAUGCUUGUCUAGACUGACAAGAUGUUUGAAGAAAACUGUCCAAACACAAUUAUCUAGGACUGGAGCAAAAAUGCCUGUUUUCUGAUAUCUCAGUCCCUUCUGACCAAAACAUUAUCUGAAAAGAGGGUGAGAAAAUGUCACAAUACAAGGGGCUUGAAAAUGAAACAAGUAGGACGUAGGGCAUGAAAGUGAAAACAAUAAUAAUAGUUGGAGACUAGACAUGAUAAACAAAAAAUAUGAACAGAAACAUACAAAUGAUACCAGAACUCAUUGCUUUACACACUGUCUAAAGAUAGUCCUGCUAGACACAGCUCAUAAAUUAUGCAAGACACUUUCAGUUCACAACUCAAGUAGGACACAAAAUGUACUCUAUGCAAUCAUUACUGAAUAUAACAAUAUAGCUCACACAACACAAGAUCUACAUGAUCACCAGCCAAUAGAAUAAUGCAAAACACACUCUUACAUAAUCAAUACUCAACACUAUAAUACAACUCAUAGUUACUCUACACAACAGACAAAACACUAAUGCAACACCAGAAACAACUGUAUUAAUCUCACAACGAAGAAAACCUGAUGUAUUAUAUAAACACUAUUCUACAUUUCCAGAAGACAAUGCUGCACACACCUCAGGAACAUUGGCAGUAUACCUGAUAGUGCAGCAGAAAUUUGCAUUAAAAUGUUGAGAUAAUAAUAACAACAACAACAAUAUUGUUAAAAAAUGUUUAAUUAGAUAUCUAGCCUUAGAUAUAAAUGAGAAGUGGUGAUAUCAUGCCUUUCACAAAGACAAAUGUAGAACUGGAAAUUGAAACAGAUUGACAGAUUCCACUCAGAAUUUAUCAAUACACUAUUAUAGUGUCUACUCCUCAAACAACUACAACAAUACAGAAAACAAAACAAACCCUGAUUAUAGAUGUAACACAAAACUAGCUUCCCAUUUCCCAAAAUGACAAUGCUGCAUACACUUUACUAACACAGAAUUGCAGCUGAUAUUGCAGUAAAAACUUACAUGAAAUUACUGAAAAUACAUAAUAGUAAUUUCUUUGGAAUAAUAAUAAUAAUAAUGAUGAUGAUAAUAAUAAUAAUAAUAAUAAUAAUAAUAAUAAUAAUAAUAAUAAUAAUAAUAAUAAUAAUAAUAAUAAUAAUAGUGUGUCUACUUAACAAUCAUAGAUAUAUACAUUAGUAAAACAUAUCUGAAAUACUGAACCACUCUGAAUUUUAAAAAAAUAAUAAAUUUUAUAUUCUAAUCUACCAAUUCCAAAAUAAAGUAAAAUAGAUAUGUUUCUUACUAUCAUAUCAAUAUUGUUAGAAGCUUUCAAAAUUAUCAAGUUAUCUGGCUAAAAUAUUGGCAAACUUACUAAUUAUAUUUUAUAUCAUUCAUAAAUAUUAUUUUUUUUAUUGACUAACUAAAACCUCAUUGCUUUGAUAUGAUCUCAGAGACAGAUUAUUUUUAACUAAUGAAAUGUUGUCUAGAAAAUAUUUUAUAGUAAAUAAACUACAAGUUUGUUGUUUCAUCAUCAUUGUUGUUGUUGGUAUUGACAUAAGGUUGGGAGGGUGCACCAACCAUUUGAAUUAAUUACUUAGGUGUGGCUGUGAAAAGUUAGAUGUUCCUUUUUCUUUUCUCUAUUCUGACAUCACAGAUAAAUGAUAGAUAACGAAAGUGUUAACCAGUUUCCUCUGCUAGAUUCAUUUAUAUUAUAAAUUUAUUUCCAUCAACUUAAGUUAUAUUCAGAAAUAAAAAUGGCUGGCCAUUUAUUCUGAUCAUGAGUACAAGAUUUUAAACAAUUUAAUCCUUUUUAUAUUAAUCCUUGUAUCAACCCACCGGAGACUACCUGUUUCUAUGAUACAAAAACCACCUUUUUAAAAUGAUUAUAUUUAUAUUAAAUCUUCCAUUAUAAUUUUAUGUAGGAACAUGUUUGCUAAGUUGUUUCCAAGCAUCAGAUUAACAAUGACUUUUUCUUAAUUUAUUAAUUCCCUCCACAUUCUUGGAUUAUUUUCAAAACUGAUUGAAACAUACGUUGUAUUAUUAGAAAUAUUAUAACAAAAGUGUUCAGUUUCACAUUAGCUAUGAAACCAAAGGUGCUAGAUUCCAUACCCAAUUAAAAGAAAAAUGAAAAUGUCCUUUAGAAUUGUUGUUGUUAUUGUUUAGCCCUAGGUUGGUCCUGAAUGAGCAGAUCUAUGAUCAAAGCUAUCUUAUCUGUAAUCAUAUAAUCCAUUUUUGGACUUUGUAGGACUUCAUAAUCAAAUACGUAGUGAGAUUUGAUGGAGAUUUGGUCAUUAUUUCUCACAGGUUAACCAAAUACAUAGGCUCAUUCUUUAUUUAGACUGUUAUAAAUUUGGUAAAAACUAAGAGUCAAUGUGAAAUCAAAGAGUUAGAAAAAUAUAAUAUAGCUAAAGUUUAGAAAAUACAUUAAUUGAUAAAAAGACAUUCAAUAGUUGAAGUGCACACACAGACAAUAACAGCCAAUAUCAAAACAUUAGAAAAUAGCUAAGAAAUUAUCGGAUACUUGAUUGUUUUUUCCUUUUCAAAUGGUUUUUAAUCAUUUUUAACGAUUCUAUCGAUUUUCUUUUGUUUUUUUCUUCAAGUCUAGUCUCUUUUCUUCAUUGAAGAAUGAAACAGUAGUGAGGUAGAUUAUCCUAUAAUCACUGAUUUCUUGUGAAGUCUUUUAUUUCCUUCUCAUUUGCUUUUUUUUUUUUUUUUGAGGUGGGGUGGCAGGUGAUGGGCGUAAAAUCCUCAAAUGGAAAAUAUAGGAGAUUAUCUUAUUGUAAACUAUGAGAAAAGCUUGGAAAUGUGAUAAAUGUUAGACUUAUUUUUGCUAUAUUUUCUUUUGCUACUUUGUGAUUUUUUUUUUUUUGCAUUUUUUAAAAUAUUUUUUCAGUGCAUGUUUCAGAAAUAUUUAUAAUUGAAGUGUAUGCUGUCUGUUUUGAAAUAAAUAAAAAGGAAUGUUAUAAUUUUGCUUUUUAAUGUCCCUGAAUCAAUCCUGUAUGAUUAUUUGAUGCCUUAGCUUACAGAUGAAGCUGUGUUUCUAAUUUUUAUCUUCACAAGCUUUAAUAUAAUAUAUAUAUAUUAACAAAUUGUUCAAAUGUAAAUUUCUGUGUAAAAGCACAUGUUUAUAAAAAAAAUAUUGACUGCGCAAA